AUGGCAUUCUCUGAACAGCUGAGGCACCGGUCCGAGGUUAUUCAGCCGGUUGGAAAGAAAAGACUGGUUUUGGGGUUGAGUCCAGUCGCCGACGCGUCUGCGUGCCGCGCACGUCCAUCGGUCGAUGCUGAAACUUUGCGCGCGCAAGUGUCUACCACACCGUCCGUUCCAAUCCAUUCCGAUCGGAGUUCUCGUGCCGAGCGGUCGACUCAUACGCUAGCCCUGGGCGAACCGUCGGCAGUCGCGCCGGCGCCGCCGUCGGCGAUGGACCACGACGAGGAUAGGUCCUUAUCUUUGGGGACGGAGGUAUCGGCCUCCGUGCCCCCACCGAGCCCUUUAACGGGAUGUUAUUUACUCGCGGUGAUCGGGGAACCCCACACUCAUGAGCACAAGGAGAUUAUACUGCAGCGGCUUGUUAAAGCUAGGGAAGAAGAAGAGGAAACUAGAAGAAAGUCAGAGGCAGAAAAACCUAGAACUAUUAUGUCAUAG